AUGGCUCGUGAGAUAAGAGACAUUCGUGAAUUUUUGCAGACAGCAAGACGUAAGGAUGCAAGAAAAGUAAUAAUAUUAAAGAAAGUAAGAAGAGGAGGUAAUCCUUAUGGUGCAGCAGGAGGUGCAGCAGGAGGUGCAGCAGCAGCAGCAGCAGCACAAAUUAUUACUAAAUUCAAGAUAAGAUGCGCUAAACAAUUAUAUACUCUUGUUGUUACUGACAAACAAAAAGCACAAAAAAUAGAAAGUUCUCUUCCUCCAUCUGUUAAGCAGCAAGUUAUUCCUGCUAAGAAAUAA